AUGUUGUUCUCAAUGGCGGACAGAAAUUUGUUGGUGGAAAAGAAAGCUUUUGUGAUUUGGAAAGCGUAACUUAAAUAGUGAUUCUCUGAAUGAUGGUUGCUGAUACCAUGAUAUUUUAAGGCCUUGUUGUGAUUAUUACAUCUGCAACACAUGUUUGAUUACCGCCAGGUGUCCCUGCGCACACCCAUGGCCCAGCUGGAUUCAACAACCUGGCUUGCCACCACUGCUCCCAAUCCAAAUAACAACAAUAACACGGCAGCAGGCCCAGGUACUGCCCCAAACAGAGGAGCUGGUGACCCUCACAACGUUGUUAAGGCACGGGAGGAUCAGCUUGGGCAACAGCAGCACGGACAGAGUUUUGAAGACGUUGCUCAGCAGCAGCAAAGAGGAUUACUCAAAAUACCAUCAUCUGUUGGGAAGUGCUCUAUGUUUACACAAACGGAACCUACCAACAGGUUCACGCAAACUGAACAUCCGGCAUCUCGUUAUAACGCAAGCUGUCUUGAGUCUAGUAACACAACUUCCGCAGCACAAAUUAACUGCAAGACGGAGUCGAACAUGUUUGACCCCUCAACAAUGCAGCAACAGCAACAACAGCAACAACAACAACAGCAACAGCAACAGUCAGCCAACCAACAGAUGUAUGCUACAGACAAGAGUAAAGAUCAAGAGAAGGCUACAAAUAAUGCUACAGCAUCUGACUUCCCAUUUUGUUACAAUGUCAACAUGUUGCAGAAAGUCCAUCAACAAAACUCCACAGCAGGUGUUCCUGUUGGGGGGAUUACCGGUGAUGACAAAGGAUGUUAUAGAUUUGAUGUAGCUCAACCAUUUGGCUACAACUAUGCUCUUGUGAAUCAGAUGUCUUUGGCAGCAGCAGCAUCAACAGCAACAUUCAAGUGUGACGUUUGUGGGCUUGUAUUUGGUCAUCUGUCACUCUUGAACCAUCACAAGAGGAUUCAUAACACCACAAAUGUGACAACGGCAGCAACACAGAACAAUCAGGCAGCAUCCGCAAACGAGCGGCAGUACACAUGUGAUAUCUGUGGAGCAUGCUUCAGUCUUGCUGGUGAGCUUAAGAGCCACAAGAGUGGUAUGCAUGGUAAGAACAGUCAGUCCCAGCAGACACAUAAUCACCAGAAAUGUUGUGAUUCAUGUGGUGUGGAACUUAACUGCCAGCAUCAUAAUGAUGCUGGGAAGGGUAAGAAAGGUAGUGGGAAGUUUGUAAAGUGUGAGAGUUGUCAGGAGAUCAAUGCUGGAGGUGCAAAUGCUGGGAAUGCAGGAAACACUGCAGCAGGUUUCAGUGGAAGUGGUGGGGCUAGUAGCGCUGAGGCGAAUGCUGGUGGUAACAUGGCAGGAGGUACGGCAGGAGGGGGCAUAAAACCAGGUCACCAUCCGGUCAAACGUCGUGGAGUCGCUAGUGUUACAAAAUGUCAUAAAUGUAAUGGGUCUGGAAUAAUUUUUAUUGGUGGUUCAAGGAAUAACACAUCUGGUGUUGAUAAACCUUUCCAUUGUAAUGUGUGCGAUGGGACAUUCUCUAGGUAUAGCAGCUUAUGGAGUCAUAAACGCCUCCACUCAGGUGAUAAACCAUUCAAAUGCGGUACCUGUGGAUUGGCAUUUGCAAAGGCAGCGUAUUUAAAGAACCAUUCAAGGGUCCAUACAGGUGAAAAACCGUAUAAAUGCUCUGUCUGUGCGAUGCAAUUCUCGCAGAGUCCGCACCUGAAAAACCAUGAACGGAUCCACUCAGGUGAGAGACCGUAUCAGUGUGAAGUCUGCGAUAAGACAUUUGCAAGACAUUCAACACUUUGGAACCACAGGCGGAUACAUACAGGCGAGAAACCAUACAGGUGUGAUGUUUGCGGUUCAGCAUUUAACCAGGCUACGCAUCUCAAAAAUCAUGCCAAAGUCCACACGGGAGAAAAACCCCAUCGUUGUGACAUCUGUGAUGUCGGAUUCUCUGAUCGUUUUGCUCUUAAAAGGCACCGUAGCAUACAUGAGAAAUAUGGUAGAACUGGUCCUAAUACCUCAAAUAAUGCUGCAUCUGCCAAUCAGAAUGCUGCAGCAAAUGCUGUUAAUAAUAAUGUUGGUACAAAUACUCCAACAAAUCCUGGGGGUCAACCCCAGCAGCAGGGCCAGCCAUCAUCUAUUGAUGAACUUUAUAAAUGUGAGGUUGGUGGUCCUAUAGCGUUCCCCGGGUGUUCGAGGCCUCAUGAUGAAAAACAAUGAGAAAACGCCCAUCAUUCACAUAAUAUUAAUGCCAACCUUGCAGGCCCAAAGUACCAGGAGUUAGUAAUUGAUGAGAUGAUAUAGAGAGGACUGAUUUGUUUUUACUAGUAAAAUCAUUUGCAUAAAAGACGUGAAGUUUCCAUUAAAAUCCUAUAUUUUGUUUUCGUAUCAGAGCCAUAUUUUAUAUAUAGCAAAAUUUUGUUAAUCAAAAAAAAAAUUAAUUUCUGCUAAAGGAAAAUAAAAUGGAUGUCUACGCAUUAGGCCUACUUUAAUUAACCAUUGCAGUCCAGUAAUGUUGCUCACUGUGUGUUGCUAUGAAGUCAAGCUUCUAUGUGGCAGUGGACUACAAAAGAUGCAGAUUGGGGUCAUACAUAUGUUUUAUAUUAGUAAGGUGUUUAUUUCCGUUCAUUGUUACUUUCUGAUCUUCGCAUGUUUAAUUAUUGUGUUUCAUAUUUCUUCAUGUUGGAUGUUACUACUUCUCUCUCGAUAAAAUUUGCUCGAAAUAUGGAAUAAAAACAGAGAAGGGGUACUUAAUCUUUAUUAUCAAGGAAUGCUGAAUUUUAAGUCUCCCAGUAGUAUGAGGCCUCAGCCAGAUUGCAACUUUGUAUAAUGAUAUUAAUAUUCACGAAAAUGCAGCAGUCUGCCAACUUGACCAUGUGUAUGCAUCGAGGCUACGCCAUAGCUCAAGCGGCUAGUCCCUGGUUUCCCACUGCGGCGUCCUUGGUUCGAU